CCGGCGAGCCUCCCUCUCACUGCGCAUGUGCAAAUCUGUCAGCCACUGCCAACAUAUUCUAGCUUUUUCGUUAAAAGCUUUAAUUGUUAAGCAAAGCUUCGGAAUAUGUAACAAUGGACUGAAAAUGGUGGCUAAUAUAGGCGGCAUUAAUCCAUCAAAUGUGGAAGCAACGGCGUACAUUAGUGCGGUUGCCGCUUUUGCCCUGGUUCUGCUGGUGGUACUGUUGUUUCUGGGGAAGAAGUGGUGUUACACAGUAGCUGGCAACCGAAAACGUAACGGUAUCCUCAAUGUAAACGCUGGUGUUGAUCCGGGGCCUCUUGACAAUGCACACUUUGAUUCUUUGUCGAAAACCAUCCAAUACCCCGAACGCAUAUUUGCGUUUGAGGCCUCGGACUCUGACGAAGAGCUGCGUUUGCGCAUACAGGAUAAGGAAGACGUUGAAUGCCGCUAUGAGGAGAAGAAUGAGAACCAGCCGAAGGUUGAAGUGGAUGUUAUUGAAACUGCGCUAAGGGAGACUAGUAUACGUGAAACCAAAAUAGAUGAGUUUGUCCCGCAAAAGGCAGAAUACAUACAUACGUUGGAAGCACAGAGUAGUGUUGACAGCGAUGUGUUGGCGCACAAUGAUACAUCUCUCCUAUGCAGCGAAAGCUCAACCGAGCGCGGUUCCCUUGAGUUGACUCUUCUGUACGACGCGCCCGUUCGCACUAUGACCGUGCACGUUCUCCAGGCACGCUCUUUGCCGCAACGUACGCAAGGACAGAUUUUGCAAAGCCAGGUUCGAAUUGUCCUCUUGCCGAUGAAGAAGCAGAAAUACAAAUCCAAAAUCCGUAAUGGAGAAAAUCCACAGUACAUGGAGAGUUUCGUCUUGCAUAAAAUUAAUCCAGAGGACGUACACGGACUAGGUUUACGUAUACGUAUAUACGGGUGCGAACGCAUGCGUCGGCAGCGUUUAUUAGGAGAGGCGAGCGUCAGCUUUGCAACUCUUAACUUUGAGCUUGAGAACAAUUUGUGGCUCCAACUCACGCCGAGACAACACCAUCAUCAUCAAACUAGCAUGCAGGUGCCCAAAAUAGAGCAGACCAAUACCAUAGUAGGAGUCCUUGCCACUCCCUCUAUAGCCCCGGCAACAUCCCCCGGAGGGGGAGAAGCCUGUAGCUUGGCAAGGUCCGACUCUGCUUCAUCCUGCUGCAGCACCAGAUCGGCCCCGGAACUCCUGCUGGGCUUACAGUAUAAUCCUACAACGGGACAUCUGUCUGUUGAGAUAAUCAAAGGCACCCACUUCCGAAAGCUGUCGCCCAACAAGGCCCCCGACACAUACGUAAAGCUAUGCCUCAUCAGCUCUUUAGGCAUGGAGAUGGGAAGAUGCAAGUCCACCACACGCCGAGCUCAGUCCAAUCCUCUUUACAAGGAAGUCUUUAUAUUCCAGGUGGCGCUAUUCCAAUUAACGGAGGUAACACUUAUGGUAUCGGUGUGGUGGCGGCGCAGUGUAAAGCGAAAUGAAAUGGUCGGUUGGUUCUCACUCGGACAUAGCUCUUCAGGCCACGAGCAAGAGAGACACUGGCAGGAGCUAUGCGAGAGACAAGGACAGCAGGUACAACGUUGGCACGUGCUGCUAGAUUCCUGACGUUCCUCAAGUUAGCCCGCGGCUGACGCGACCGCGUAAUACUCUUCGCCUGUAAUUCUGCGACCGGCCGCACUUUGUGCUUUUGCGCCGCGACUUGCGACAAGUUCGGCGUUCGCCGGUCGUCUUUCUGGACCUACGAUUUUGAAAUGUUUUGGAGAAUCGUCUGGCGGUCCCUUUGAGUGUGAUAUUUGUAUUCAAUUAUGGGCUUUGUAAAACGAACUACAAUACGUAUUAAACAAAAACUAUGGUCUUUGCACACAAAAUUGGAUCUUAAUACUUUUAGUUGCGACAUUUAAAGCCUGAACCUAAAAAAACUAAAAAGGAUUCCCAUUUUGAAGAAUACUAAUGAACUAUGUUAGCCACAUAAAUGUUAACUAUUGUCUACUAUUUUAAUCAUACUAUGAUUAUAGUUAUUUAUAUACAAUUUGCGAGUAUUGUAGUUCGUUGUUUUUGUAUUGUAAAGCACGAAUUUUGACUAAGAUGAAAUAUUUGAUGUUUAUCGGAGUUUUGAAUGUUCUCUUCACAAGUGAUAAUGAAAGUCACUGAUAUUAUUAAUACUCUUAUAGGGGAUAUGAAUUGUAUUUUAGGUAGGUAUGUAGGACGACUUGGAGCGCACAAUAUAUGUGAGAUAAGAUUACUAUAUGAGUAUUUAUGAAUGGUUUAUAUAUUUAUACUGUUGCCGAUAUCUUGCCAAUAAGGUGUUUCGUAUUUUCAUAUUAUAAAUCUUUAAUCUACUAUAAUAUAGGUAAAGACGUUUGUAACUAUUUAACUUAUCUUUUUGAUCGUAGUAAUAAUUAUCCUUAAACCUUGUACUAGAUACAACGUGAAAAUUUAAAGAGUAUACAUGAAAUAGGACUUGCAAUAUUUAUGAGUGCCGCUUUAUUAUUGUUAAAUAAAUAUAUAUUUAUA